AUGAAGAACACUCUCCACGACACAGUCAUCCUUCAAGUGCCCUCCUCUUCCUGCAGUACACUAACUCAGAGGGGCGCUUUCGCAGCCAACGGAACAGGGUGUGCAUCAGAGUCCCUAGCGCAGUCUACCCCUCCCUAUAAGGAAACUUCUUUGGCAAGCUCAGAAAGGCUGCUGGUAACCUUUCGUCCGCCACUCUUGCGACCCGUCAAAGUCAGGAAUUCAUACCCAGCCUUCUUUGUUAAAGACGCCCUCAUGGCCUUCCCAAAGGAUGCCGCCGCUUACGCCCUGGUGGGAAGGACAACUAGAGUCGUGGGAGGAAAGGGCCAUGCCCGGAUCGGCCUGGCCCAGCUCUUUCUCCUGCUCCUAUCUUGCGUGGCGGUCUUGAGCUUGGGGAUGUUUCGGGGCGCGGGGCAGGCCGCGCGCGCGCGCGUUGAGGAGGACGUUUUGGUUGAGAUCGCGAGCUUGGGAAGGCUGUCAAGACCGCAUGUUGACCUGGACGUGCCAGACUGCGGGCACCGUAAAGGGGCGCCGCGCGCAGCAGCCGCACUCCGCGGUGCGCCCGCGCCCGCGACGUUCGGCCACGUCACAGAGGCUGCGAAGCACGAGAGGAGGUCCGCGACCUGGCGGAAGAGUUGGCACCCGCCGGGAAACGUGACACCGGGGAUCCCCCCGACCGCCCUCCGCUGGACGUCCGCCGCGUCCGAGCUGGUUCACGGACUCCUCCAGGCGCAGCAGUUCCCGGACAGUUGUGCGGACGCGAAGUGGCUCGUCGUUGAGAUGGACCUUGCGGGCCUGAUGUGGAACUACCACGCGUUCCUGCGCGCGCUCAUCAUCGGCCUCCAGACUGGGCGCACGGUCAUCCCCGUCGCCCGGUCCCCUGUCCCGGGGAACGAGUGGGAGUCGGCGGCCUUUGCGGGGUGUGAAAACCUUCACCUGGGCUGCUUCUUCGAGAUCACAAACUGCACGGCGGGGAGUUCACACCGGAAAGCGGAGCUCCUGCGCGCGAGCGAGUUCGUGCCGUCGUAUCAGUGGCCGUUUAAGAACGCGAGCGCCCGGGAGGCGCUCAGUCGGGAGGAGGUGCUGCGCGCGCGAGCGUUCAAGGGAUGGGAGUACGACUGGCGGUACACUUUCCCGGCCGGCCUAUGGGACCUCCUGGCCUCUCGAGGUAUGGUCCACAUGGAGGACCGUGACGUCAGCGUGGAGCGCGCGAGCAGCGAGCAGCGGCAGUUCAUGCUCUUUUCGCUCGCGUCUAGUUGGCUCUUCAACCCGGUCCCGCGGGUUAAGGACUUGACCGACAAAAUGAUGAGCAAGUACGAGCGGUGGCGGCCGCCCGUGGUGGGCCUUCACAUCAGGCGUGGGGACAAGAUGGCGGAAGAUCCUUACUGGGUCGCCCACAAAGCGUACCGCCCCGCCAGCGACUACGGCAAGCGCAUCCGCGCGCGCGAGCGCGCCCGCGGCUUCGACUUCGCGGCCGUCUUCGUCGCGAGCGACUCGGCGACCGUCAUUGACACCAUCGCAGCGGACCCCGGGUCCGUGGGCCUGCAGCCCGACGUCAGUGUCAUGUACGACUGGGAGAAGAGCGUCGCGCUGCUCGAAGCGGUGGACGAGCACUCGCACGUGCCGGGCGAUAAGAAGCGCGACCUGCAGGAUAAGCUGGUGGCGACGCUGUACGCUAUGGUGGAGGUGUCGGAGUAUGUGGUGUGCAAUCUGUCGUCUAACAUUUGCCGUUUCUUGUGGACCGCGAUGGGAGCGAAGAAGCGGCUGGAGCAGAUCGGCUUUCAGGGGGAGCUCGGGUCGAGCCUGGAUCCGCCUCAGUGGUAUGGCCAAUGGCAGAGCUAA